AUGUGAGCCAUCCUAAGCCGACCAUUCGGAGACCCGUGGGUGGGUUUGCGCUGGACUGGCGUUCCCAGCUCAUGAGGUCGCGAUCCCCCGGCUUAACGAACCCAAGCUCGGGAGGCAUGGUUCGCAGAAGCCUCAAGCUCAUAGCGGUCUCAGCUCAGCAGAUCGCUUCUUUUUCAGGGCCCCAGAGGCUUGUUCUCGGCUCACGAGCGCUGGGCGACCUUCGGACAAUGUUGUCGAGCCCACUGCGAGGAUCGUCGAAGACCUCUAAGCGAUUUCGGGUUUUGGCCGAAGACCUCUUAGCAAUUCAGUGGGUAAAUAUAUUCUUCAGUUGUUGAGUCAGGCUUCUUUCUUAGAUGUUCAAGUGUUAUACAGGAGUGACAAACACUGAUGAAGGGUCCUCUACGAUACCCCAGUACCUAAUUUGUCCUUUAACGAGACCGCUGUUUGAAGAUCCUGUUACCCUAGAGACUGGUCAAACAUUUGAACGAGCAGCCAUCCAGAAAUGGUUUGACGAGGGGAAUAAGACAUGUCCAGUGACCGGAAAUUCCCUAGAAUGUCUCUCUGUUCCUCUCGCCAACAUGGUUAUCAAGUGUGUAAUUGAUUCCUGGAAGUCCAAGCACUGCAAAAACAUCUUGGCUUUUGCCUCUCAAAUGAUGGAGGAAAAGGAAGGCCGUGAGUUUGCGCACUCAGAUGAUGGAUUUAUAUCUAUAUUGGAGCAGCUUAUUACUAUUUACAGCAGAGAGGAAAGAAUAGUGAACGUAAAGCAUUUAAUAUCUCUUGGCAGCGUGCAGUACCUAAUUCGAAGAUUUGUCCUUGGAACGACUGAAGAGAAAAUUCGUGGUGCUGGUCACUUGAUUUGCUGCAUCGAAGCAGAUGCCAGUUGCAGAGAUCGGAUUGCUAAAGCCAUUAACAUACAAGUCCUCAUUGAAUUCCUUCACAGCAAGCAGAUAGAGGCGAGAACAAAUGCAGUGCCCUUGCUCACUGAACUAGUAUGUCCGAAGAGGUAAACUACAAAUAUCAAUUUGGUAGGACCAUGUAGUUUCUUCUCCAACCCCCAUGUACUUGGCAUCUUAUCGUGAAACAUAAGGGCCCUUUGAGGAUGGAAAACCCGGCAGUGGGCGACGGAAGAACUGACAGUAUGGGAAACAAUAUGAAAUCAGAUAUGACAGUAUGUUUCCAUUUUUCUUCCUUAAUUGCCCAGCUGGAAGACGGAAAAAAUCAGCAUCUGCACGCAUUGGCCAACCUAGGCGGAAGCAGUGAACUGACC